CGCGUUGGAUGCUUUCACUCUCCGCCUGCGACGGUCGUGACCAGUACUCACCUGACAUCCUUUUUGGAGCAGAAGACUUAAUCGCGGUCGUGAAGGCCGUCAAGGUCGGCUGGAAGAUGGAAUCGAAGAGAGGCUCAAGAGAACCAGAAAAGUUGAAAUUUUUGAAGUCAUGAGAGUUUUAUUGAAAGCAACUGCGCUUUUGUUAACAGACAGCACAUCGACCAUGGCAAAGGUGAUCCAUUUUACCAGGCAUGCUCAGGCCGAGCACAACGUUGACGAAGACUAUUUUAUCCCGGAUGCACCGUUGACGCCCCUUGGAAGGUCAAUCUCACGUCAAGCCGAAGAGCUCUACUCCCAAACAGCAGAACUCCAGCAAUCUGCAGACCUACUUGUCACAAGCCCGCUCAAGCGUACACUACAGACAACCAUCAUCGGCUAUCGCGGGCUACGGGCGCGUCUAGAGAGUCAGAAUUCCCCAAAGCCCAUCGUUGUACUAUCUCGCCUUCAAGAAGUCAACGACUUUCCCUGUGAUACUGGAUCUUCUCGCAAUGAGUUAGAACAAAUCGAUGAAUUCGCUGGCAUUAACUUUGAGUCGCUGGAAGAUGAUUGGAAUUCCAAGCAGGGAGACUUUUCUCCAAGCUCCGAUGCUGUGAAAGCGCGCGCUCGUUGGGUGCGUCGAUGGCUCCGAGAUCGACCUGAACAGAACAUCGUAGUUGUCGCCCACGGUGACAUCCUUCGAAAAAUAACAAAAACCUCAUUGUAUGAGCCCUGGGCCAAUGCAGAGGUUCGGAAAUUUACCUUUAUGCACGAUAAUGACGACGAAGCAAAGCUUGUUUCUUUACCUGCCGAGACGGAAGCUCGUGCUGGAGGAGAAGAGCCCACGAGUGGCGAGUUUAAAUUUAACCAUUGGUCGUAGGCUCUUGCAGAGGACAGCGGCACAGAGGUUGUAGAAAUCAUUAGACCGAGGAUCUUCCCCUACUAUAGAUAGCCUAGAUAUGAUCAACUUGAUCCUCAUUACUUUUCUGAAAUUCUCCAUUUAAUCUGGAUUAUAUUUCCAUUAGUGAAAGA